GUUUAAUGAUACAAUCAGAAGAAGACAGCGUUAAUAGUGUUAACAGUUUUACACCUGAAUCGUAAUAUUAAUUCUUUAUCUUUAGAAAAGAACAAAAUCAUGAGGAACAUAAAAAUAAAGACUCAAAAAAAUAUGCCAUAAUUGAUUAAUCAAUUCGUGUAAAAUUAUUACAUCGUAUACUUUCAAAACAAUCAACAAUUAAAGAUGCAGCUAAAGAAUUUGGUGUUAAUUUUUCAACAGCUAAAGCUAUUUUACAAACUUAUAGAAAAGAAGGAAGAAUAGGAAAGAAAAAAACUAGAGAAAGAAAUAAGAACAAUAAAGAAUCAGGAUAAAACAGUUCUCCAAGAAAGAUCUAAUCAAUGUAUAACUUAGAAUAACCUUAAAUUAUGAGAACAAUCUCUCCAGAAUAAAAACCUUAAUUAUAACCAAUUAUAUAACCAAUUUUCCCUGUAAUGAGUUCACCAAAUCUUGAUAAUGCUGGUGCAUAAAUUGCUUUGGCACUUUGCUAAAGAGAAUUGGCUCAAUAAAAAUUAAUUCAUUUCUAAUUAAUGAUGAUGAUCCAAGUAAAUUGAAUCUUUAUUAAUUUAGAACUUCAAAAAUAUUUCACAAUUCCAAGUCAAAGAGGAACCUAAUAUAAUUAAUUGA